AUGAUGAUGGUGCGGUGGAAUAUGCGUUUGGGCCUAGCUGCACUCUGUGGUGGAGCACUACUGGUCAUGCUGUAUUGGAGUCGCUGCACAGAUAUAACACUGAGACCUAGUUCAAUACUAAACGAGGAGCAGACCAAGCAUAAUAAGGUGGACAUUGAGUGCCUGAUCAAUGGGGAAUACUCGGUGGUGUGUCGUCGUGAUCAUGACGAGGUCUAUCUCCCUUUCUCAUUUAUACACAAGUAUUUUGAGGUUUACGGCAAAAUAACGCCAGCGGACGGUAUAUACGAUCCCCGCGGCACAUUCGCGACCUUCGAGAACUAUAACGUAGAAGUGCGGGACCGGGUCAAAUGCAUCAGCGGCAUAGAGGGAGUGCCCGUGUCCACUCAAUGGGAGCCCAAAGGUUUCUUCUACCCGACUCAGAUAGCCCAGUACGGUCUCGCACACUAUAGUAAGAAUCUCACGGAGCCCGAGCCGAGGGUCAAGAUAAUCGACGAUGGAGACAAAAACUUGGGGAAUUGGAUCGUUAGCACAGAUGCGACUGUAUCCCGCGAAUUCGACACGGAAUUGAAAUCGAAUAUUUUGAGGUUUACGACGUCUGACCAGGCGUCGAGUCAAGUGUGGUGUAAGGUUAACAUCAGUCAGGACUUUGUGCUAAGUCUGGAUUUGCGCUUGAAACCUAAUUCCUCCUUGACAGUUGUUUUGCAGAAUAAAGAUAAGAAAGAAACCGUCUACUUGCAUUACGUCACCAGUCUCCAGCUUAUUUAUGCAUUGGAUGACCACAUAUAUUACGGUAUCGGUGUAGAACACAAGUGGCGGCGACUCACCCGCGAUCUAGUCACGGACAUGCAGAAAGGCUGGGCGCUCCUUGAUAAGGCGAAGAGGAAAUCUCCUAGAAAUAAAUUUAAGAUAUCCAGUAUAAUUCUGAUGGGCGAGGGCAGUGCGGCCAACAUUCGUGUAUCGACAAGUGAGCACAUGGCGCAUUUCUUUGCGGCCGCCCGUUGGCUCGUGAGUACGCAGCGAGCGCGCGGCGGAUGGCCCGUACGAGCCAGGAGACGUGUGGCAUCGCGUGUGCCAGAUCUCAGAGCUGGAUGGCACUCGGCAAUGAGCCAAGGACACGGCAUCUCGGUGCUGGCCCGAGCCUUCCAUCGCAGCAAAGACGUGUCGUAUCUACGAGCCGCCCAACGCGCCCUGCACCUCUUGGACGUGCCCAGCUCGGCUGGCGGAGUCAAAGCCAUGUGGAUGGACAAAUAUGUUUGGUACGAGGAAUACCCGACGAAGCCACCCCUGUUCGUGCUGAACGGCUUCAUCUACACCCUCCUCGGGCUCUACGACUUGCACGUGAUCGAAGGAGACAACUCCAUCUCACUCGCCAAGAAGAUGUUCGACGACGGUAUGCUUUCCCUCAAAACCCUGCUACCCAUCUUCGACACGGGCAGCGGGAGCUUCUACGAUUUGCGCCAUUUCACUUUAGGCGUGAGUCCCAACAUCGCCAGGUGGGACUAUCACGCGACUCACGUCAACCAGUUGUAUCUUCUGGCAGGAUUGGACCCAGAUCCGAUUUUGAUAAACACGGCGAAACGCUGGGAAGGAUAUAUGCAAGGAAAACGGGCUGCACAUAAUUGA